AACAAAAAACGGAAUGUGAAAUUACAUUAAAAGUUUUUAGAAGAUUACCACCCACCCAGGGAAUACAAAAAUAGAAAUCAGAAACGAAACUUUAUCAAAAGACUCAUUGUCAGUUUGUUAAACUGUGAUAAAAACCUACUCACACUGUUUUAGUUCAAAACAAGAUUUAAGAUUUGUUUUAAAAACUUGCAAAGGCUCACAUAAGACUAAUUUCGUCGCUGCUCUCCACGAAAAUACACUCACUGAUGAUGUCAUCGUUCUCACGAUAGUUUAUUGGAGGAGGGUCAGUCCGACAUUGCAUUACACGGACGCCACGCUCUGUCUCAGCGUAAAGAAGCGUUUCAUUUUUUGAGAUCCUCGUCUCGUUUGUUCUUUCAACGAGAGGACGGUUUAUCCACGUUUCAGGCUAUCACGACAUCUGCACGAUGGCGCAUCAGAUCCGAGUGUUGUUCAGGAGCGGGUACGUUUCCGUAUUUCUCUGUCUUUCUGCCAUCCUGAACAUAGUAUCUACCGUCAACCAUUAUUCUGUUCCCGAAGAAAUGGAGGAAGGCUCUGUCGUUGCUAAUUUAGCAACUGAUUUGGGAAUAGAUGUGAAGACGCUAAAGGGAAGGAAAAUGCGCGUAGACGUUGUAGGCAAUAAGAAAUACAUCGAUAUCAACAAAGACACAGGAGAGCUGUUUAUCUUUGAAAGGAUAGACAGAGAGUUGUUAUGCCUGAAGACGUGCUUUCUGAAAUUAGACGCUACAAUUGAAAAUCCAAUACGAAUGUUUAAUAUCGAGGUGGAAAUCACGGAUAUUAACGACAACGCUCCUCAUUUUCGACGGGGGACGAUGCACCUGGACAUCUCUGAAUCAAGCCCCGUUGGAGAGAGAUUCUCAUUGAAUAAUGCUGCAGAUCCAGAUGUUGGAACGAAUUCUGUGAAAAAUUACUAUCUGAGCACAAGUGAACAUUUCUCCAUUGAAAUUCAGACUGGGCGAGAUGGGACAAAGUUUGCUGACUUGAUUCUGAAAAAAGCUUUAGAUAGAGAGCAGCAGGCUGUUCAUAAUCUAAUACUCACUGCUGUGGACGGUGGAGUGCCCACGCGCACAGGUACAGCCAGCAUCAUUGUUCGCGUGCUUGAUGUGAACGACAACACCCCUUCAUUUGACAAAGACAUAUAUAUCGUAGAUGUAAUGGAAAACUCCCCGAUAGGCAGUCUAGUAGUAAAACUAAACGCCACUGAUUUAGAUGAAGGCUCAAAUUCCGACAUUGUUUAUUCAUAUAGUUUAUAUACAUCAGAGAGAACGCAACAGAUGUUUAACUUGAAUCCAGAAAAUGGUGAAAUCAGAGUGAAAGAGAUGAUAAAUUAUGAAGAUUUAAAGCUUUAUGAAAUGGAGGUUAUUGCUAGUGAUAAGGCUAACUCCCUUUCUGGACAGUGUAAACUGACAAUACAGGUGACAGAUAUGAAUGACAACCACCCAGAAAUAUCCAUCAAAUCAUUUCAAAGUCCAAUAAAAGAAAAUGAACCGAUAGACACAGUGAUAGCAGUAGUUAGUGUCAGCGAUAAAGACUCAGGUGAUAAUGGAGUGGUUGAUCUCCAUAUUCCAGAUAACAUGCCUUUCAAACUGAGGGAGUCCUCUGAUAACUAUUAUGAAUUAGUGGUGUCAGAGCCAUUAGACCGUGAGAAGGUUCCAGAAUAUGACAUCACGUUCACCGUGACAGACAGAGGUUCUCCUCCUUUAUCUGAUAAUGAAACUAUGACGUUAGAGCUGCUGGAUGUGAAUGACAAUGUCCCACAGUUCCCUCAGUCAUUUUAUACUAUACGUGUAAUGGAGAAUAACGCACCUGGGGCCUUGCUCAGUUCCCUCACUGCGUUUGACCCUGACCUCCAUGAAAACCAGUAUCUAGUUUAUUUCAUCCUAGAGAAGGAGAUAGCCAACACCUCCAUGUCCAUGCUGUUCUCCAUCAAUCCAGAGAACGGUAAUCUUUACGCACUAAAAACCUUUGACUAUGAGAUCGAGAAGGAGUUUCUUUUCCACAUCGAGGCCAGAGACUCUGGCUCUCCUCCACUCAGCAGUAACGUGACGGUCCACAUCCUCAUUGUGGACCAGAACGACAACGCUCCUGUUAUUGUUUCUCCGUGGCGCGCGCACGGCUCGGUGGUGGAGGAAAAGAUCCCCAGAUCCACCGAUAAAGGCUCUCUGGUUGCCAAGGUGAUAGCCUUAGACACCGACUCGGUGCACAACUCUCGGAUUACCUACCAGUUCCUCCAGGUGACUGACGCCACCUUGUUCAGUCUGGACCAGUACAACGGAGAGAUCCGGACUAUGAGGAUGUUCAGCUACAGAGACCCGCGCCACCAGCGGCUGGUUGUUGUUGCCAAGGACAACGGGGAGCCUGCUCUCUCUGCUACAGUCACCAUCAAGCUGUCCACAGUGGAGACUGUCGUUAAGGCCCACUCUGACAUGACUGAGGUGCCUCUGGAAUAUGACAUCUUUUCAGACCUAAACCUGUAUCUGGUCAUCGGUCUGGGCUCGGUGUCGUUCCUCCUGCUGAUCACCAUAUUGGUCACCAUCGUGCUCAAGUGUCAGAAACCCAAGCCCAGCAAAGCGGCUCCUCCCUGCAGGAACAGUGUGAUCAGUGAGAGGAACUCCACCAUCGCAGAUUCCACUCUGGUCUCCAACGAUGCCUACUGGUACAGUCUGUUCCUAGCAGAGACCCGGAAAGGAAAGCUGGUGGUUAGACAGCCUGUGCCAAAGGGCUCCAGAUACAUCGUGUCCAGUUUACCAAGAGGCACAGGACUGACAGACACUAGUGACUCAGCAGCUUCCACUCUGCAGGGUUCCACCAGCAGCAGCAGCGGUUCGACAUAACACAUCUCCAGCUGCGUACUGGAUUGACCCUGAAAGCAGAGCUUCACAGAGGAACGGAAAAACCACCUACCCAUAUCCCCCACCCCCCACAUCCAUCCUGUUCAGUCGGAUCUGUGUUUCCUCACAAUGUGUAGUUGUCAAGCUAAAACAACUAGUGGACCAUUGUGGCUAAUUAUGAACACAACCCUCCCCCUCUCUUUCUUUAAGCACAUGACAAGCCAAUCAACAAUGCCUCUAUGUCCAUUCAAUAUGCAUGAUAUGGGUGCAUGGCUGUAACCACACUACAAGACUUUCAUACAAAAAAGUUCAAGAGGAGACACUCGCAAAGACAAAGGCUGUACGAAAAAUUGCACCUGCGGAUUUUUAAAGAAGCAUCAACAAGGACUAUUAAGAGUGGACAUGGACAUGUUCAAAUGCCUUUAAGAGACUGUUUUCUCUCUCUAAAAAUGAACAUGUUGGAUAUUACAUUUGUAACCUCUGUGCUUUGUCUUGCUCCAUUACAGCAUUAAUGUAUAACAACUUAACUAAGAAGUAACACAGCACAAUUAACUAAAUGUCAAAAAAGCACCUAACUAGAAUUUAAAAGUAUGUAAACAAAAGGGAAUCAGUAUUUAUAAGUGUGGUAGCUUUUAGUCAUUUUAUGUUUUGUACUUGACUUUGUGCUUUAAAUGUGAGUUAGGCUUAAAAAUAUGAAUGAGUGUGCUGAGAGAUUAAGUUAAGGAAACCAGUAUAUUAAAUAGAUGAGAGUGAGGCCUUCAGCCAUUAUGUAUCUGCCUUUCAGUUGUUUCUGCAUGGGAUAAUCAAAUUACUUUAAUAGCUUUAGAUAUUUUAUAAUAUUGAGAAAUCCAUUUGCUGUAGUUAUACCUUACUGUUUUAUUUUUUAAAAAAUUUGGAAGAUUCAGUUUUAAUGACCACAAUGAAGAAGUACAACAGUAUCACUUGUUUCUAUGGAUUCAGAAAGUUAGGUGUACUCUCAGCUUCAAUAUAAAUUAACAAUGUGCUUGAAUACAAUGCCCACGUGGACAUUACUGGAGAAUAGGAGUCUAGGGGAUUAAUCAUAGUGAACAAAGUGAGUUCUUGAGAAUGGUUGGAUGACUAUCUCUUUAUGACUACUGUUUCACUUUUUUUAACUUUCACAAACUAUGGCUGUUCCUUAAUUCCAAUGUCUUCUGAGAUUGUGUUACAAGUUAAAAAUUCACGUUCAUCAUGACUUAAUGUUUACUUUACAAUAGUGAAAUCCUGAAUACUGCUCAUGUGUAUUACUGACUACUGUAUGUAUAUGCAUAUAUAACAUAAAUAGUAAUAUAGGUAUGACUGACAUAUAUACAUCUGAAUCUAUAAAUAUGAUUUUCUUUUUCAAUACCAAUAGUGAACUUUGUAUGUGCCAACUAUGUGCAACACUAAAAUACAUCAUGUUGUCACACAACUCUUUAGCACAGUUCAGAUUGCAUUACUUGUAUAAAGUUGUAAUGUUUUACAGGCAAACAUAUACAAUAAGUGCUUUUUGUGGUUCAGUGGUACUUUUAUGGUGCAACAUGUAGUAACUUGUGUAAUGUGAGUUUAUUGUAUGCUACGGUUUGGUCGUUUUUGAUUUAUUAAAUACACAACAAAA